UGUCAAGGUGCCAACGGAAAUAUCGCCAGUUGUACUUGCCCCGACCCUGCAGCACACUGUCGUCAUGAGCGUCGCUCCUUGUGCGCUUCCCAAGACCAUCUUAACCGUGGGCCAGGACUGUCCUUUGACAUGUCAGGUGACAGGCUCCACCACGUGCGUGCUGUACAAGUCGGCAGCCCAAUGCAUCGAGGUCAACGCCAAGACUGGCCCGUGCGUGACGCAGAGUGAGCUCGUACGGAGCCUAGGGACCAACGAGUGCUUGCUCACGUUUCAGUGUCCCACCAUGGGCAACUCCGCCACGAGCAACUCGACGCAGGACCCGUUCUGGAACUUUUACGUGGGCGACCCCACCAUCGCCAAUGGCAACCCGCUGUACGUCGGCGCUCCCAUCGACAGCAUCGAAGACUUGACCAAAACGACGGCAAAUCGCGCGGGCAAUGCCAUCACGACCUUUCAACUGACUGGCACGGCCUUCACCCAACCCAAAGGAACGUUCAAGAAGAUCUCGUACCCGUCCACGUUUUUCAAGUCGUACCCCAAACUUGAGCGCCUAUUUCUCUUUAACAUGGACGUCCAGGACGUGUUCACCGCCGCGGCUGGCGACACCAAGUUGCUGCCAGACCUGAAAUUCCUCGCGCUGUCAAAUGCCAAUCUCAAUACAUUGCCAACCGAAGUCACCAAACUCGCGCGACUCCAGUACCUGAACGCCACCAACAACAACUUGGCCACCCUUCCUCCAUUGGACACGACGGUGCUCACAGAAUUGUACUUGGGCGGGAACAACUUCACUACGAUUUCCAACAUCCCUGCCACUGUCACGACCCUUGACAUCUCCCGCAACAAAUUCGCGACGCUGCCGACGGCUAUCUUUGAUCUCAACAAUCUCGCGAAAUUAACCAUCACGGGCAACGGACUGUCCAACGUCGUGCUGACGCCAUCUCAAGUGCUCAAGUUGCAAACCCUGGGCCGGAACUUUGAGGCGGAUUUCACAGUGUCCAAAUGCCCCGAUGGUUCUGGCUUCAACCCUACCACGAACCCGCUCAGCAGCGCCGUGGGCGGUGUCCGGGUGUGCGUUGUGGGCGAGUCCAGUCCAGUGGUGACGGCUCCCCCUAACGCGUCCGACGACGGGGGGCUCAGUACCGGCGCGCUGGUCGGGAUCGUCGCCGGCGCCGUCGUCGCGGUCGCUUUGGUGGCGUUGUUUGUCCUGCGAAACCGCCGCAAGGGGACCGACUAUGGGCACCCACCGGACACGUCCAAGGGGCCAUACUACAAUACACACAACCCGACGGGGUCGUACCCGUACAACUCAGGUGGGGGGGACACACUUGGCAUAUUGGACGACCCGGAGCUGCUCGCGGUGCGCAUCAACGCCGCCGAAGUGACCGAGAUUCAGAUGAUUUCCCGCGGUGGGUUUGGCGAAGUCUGGAGCGGCAUCUACCAGAACAACCCCGUGGCCAUCAAGAAACUCCUUCCAGACAAGAAGAACUUUGACGACGCCAUGGCAUUUGCGGCCGAAAUUAAACUCAUGGCGCGGCUCCAGCACCCCAAGAUCGUCACGUUCAUCGGGGCGUCGUGGUCGAAUGCGGUCAACAUCCAAGCGAUCUCGGAGUACAUGAACUGCGGGGAUCUCAAGUCGCUGCUCGACCGCAGCGCCAAGAGCGGCCAGGAGUUACCCUGGCUCAGCGUCAAACUCAACUUGGCCGUCGACGUUUCGGACGCGCUCGUGUACCUCCACACUCUCAACCCAGUGUUUGUCCAUCGCGAUCUCAAGUCGCGCAAUAUCCUCAUCGACGCCGACACGGGCGCCAAGCUGUCGGACUUUGGCAUUUCGCGCAACCGCGCAGCCGACGAAACCAUGACGGCGGGCGUCGGCACGUGUCGCUGGAUGGCGCCAGAAGUCAUUCGAGGCGAGAAGUACGAUGCUGCGUGCGACGUGUGGUCGUUUGGGUGCGUCCUCGCCGAGAUGGACACGGGCAACGUUCCUUACAGCGACUCGACCAACACCAACGGCGGCAGGCUGCAAGACCACGGCAUCAUGGAACUUGUGUCCAAGAACCAGCUCAAGCCAACCUUCUCUGCGUCGAUGCCCCCUGAGAUCUUGGCAGUGGCCCAGCAAUGCUUGGAAUUCGACCCUGCGCAACGCCCCAAGGCGACGGUGGUGUCGUACGCCCUCCGCAAGUUCCGAAAAGCAGUUGAAAAGUCGAGCCAAAGCGGCUACAGCAACCAGAACAGCACCAUGUAGAUAGACGUGGGGUUGUUCCUAUUGGAACGAUUUCAGAUCGUUAUCAUUGCAUGGUGAAAUAUUAAUAUAUACUAAAAAAAUAUAUUCCCUGGUAUUAAUAACAACUCGUGGCCCACACAUUUUUAUUGUGCAUGACAAUUACUAUUAUGUCGUUUGCGUGGAAAUCUGUAGAAGCAUGUCUGUCGACGAGUACCAAAUCAGCUUACAGUUAGACUGCAACAAAUGAAGAGUAAAAUAUGAUCGUUUCUUCAAAAACGACUUGGGGGAACAAUAAAUACACACGUCGGCUUGAUCGUUAAAUGGUUGCUUCCAUCGCGGUAGCCGUGUGGAGAGAUGAGCUGGGGGACUUGGGCGAGGUGACGAUGGCGUAGCUGUCGCUUGGGUAGAUUGCCUCGUCAAGAGGCUUAGCCACGUCGGCUCUUGCGUCCCCAAGGCGAACCAACGCCACACAGCCCCUGGUCACAGUACUACUUUGUUUCCGGUGUCUGGCAACGACAGUCACUGCCGCUACAACGACACCGACGGCCAAUGCGACGCCAAAUUCCAUUGCUAUGCCCACCGUUUGAUUGCCA